GCCACCCACUUCCGCCCACGGGUAUCCGGGUAUUUCCGUUCCCAGUUAAGCACUUCCGGUCUUGUGUUAAGCCCCCGGAGUUGCUGCCUUUGUGCUUGGUGGUUUUUGUUUCCCCGGUGAGGUGGUUGGUUUAGUGAGGGUCAGUUUAGUGGUGUGGACUGAGGUGCUCUUAGGCAUCUAUCUCCACUCUCCCACCACCAACACAUCUGUCCCCAGUCUGUGAGUGUCUUAAACCUGUGAUCUCAUUCAUCACUGUGGUGAGCACUGUAAGGUGGACGCCUCACCCACCAGACCAUGAGUCAGGACCUGGGUUGUGGAGGCAGAAUGGUUCGCUGGUUCAGGCUCUCCUCCAGUGGCAGCGGCAACUAUUUGGUUCGAGUGCGUGCUCAGGUGAUGAUGCGUGAUGACAGCACUGGGGGUUGGCUGCCCUUGGGUGGGGGUGGCCUCUCCAACGUGUCUGUCAGGAAGCGUGUCACUCAACCCGACCUUGACGACCCUACUAAACACGAGUAUCUCAUCUACGGCAAGAGAAUAUCAGAUCAACACGUAGUGUUGAGUUGUACAAUAAAAAAGGAUUUUGAGUACAACAAAGUAAUGCCCACCUUUCACCACUGGAAGACAGGAGACAAAAAAUUUGGACUAACCUUUCAGACAGCCGCCGAUGCCAGAGCAUUUGACAAGGGCGUACGCAUGGCGGUAGAGGAUCUUUUAGAUGGUCUCAACGAUUUUCCUUCAUAUCGCCAUGGCCUCAACAUAGAUGUUGGCGAUGAUAACGUGUUUAUGGUAAGUGAUACGGUGAAUCUUCCGGUGGAGAUAGACACACGGUCGUCGUCAGGGUCGGUCAACACCUGCAGCAGCAGCCGUCACACACCCACCGCAACUCCCCUGCCCACCCCAGACCAUCCCCCUCAUCACCACGUCCACCAUCCUCACCACGUCCACCAUUUCCCAUUACCCGGGGGUGGCAUGGGGGGGCUCGGAUCAGCGGGAGGAACUGGCAUAUCCACUACAAACACCUCUCCCUCUUCCACCACUUCUAACCUGGCCACAUCUACGGCAGGGUCUACCACUCAGCCGUACCCCCACCCCCACCCACACGCCAACCACCACCACCAGCAACACCUGUGUCGCAUCACAUUUCCACCCCGGCCCAAACCUCCACUGCCCCAUAACAAUAACCCCCCCGACAAGCCAUUAGAUCUGGAUUGUGAACUCAAGCCUGGCAACCCCCCAGACAUGCCCCAAGACCAAGAUAAAAUUGGAAUUCCUGGAGACAACUACUCCUAUGUCCAGUUUGAUCCAGAUUACAGCUACCCGGUGGUUGAAGGCAUAAAGGGGGAGAAAAGAGACAGUAUAGCAUCUCUCAAGAAGCAGCAGCAGUUUGAACAUGUCAGGGGAACUCAUCCACAGCAAAUGCCAGCUCCCUUAGUACCUAGUAAGAGACAAAAGAAAAAAGACAAGAGGGUCAGAAAGACCAUAAAAGCCCGCUGCCGGCACUGCCAGGAGAUGUUUACCUAUGACAUGAAUUCACGCGGCAGUUGUGAAUAUGCCCCAGACUGUGUGCGCACAGCCAUUGACUCACUGACAUGCAUCUCUUGUGCACAGUGUAUGUUAUACCACUGCAUGAGUGAUGCUGAAGGGGACUUUGCACACCAUCCAUGUGAAUGUGGGGGUCCUGGAGGCACGGCAGAUGAGUCGUGCGGGCGGCGGUGGCUCGGAGUAACUCUGUUAUCCCUAUUGGUGCCGUGCCUGUGGUGCUACUUACCACUACGAGCAUGUCACCGAUGUGCCGUCGCCUGCGGACUUUGUGGUGGCCGUCACGAGGCCUCCUGACUCACCGCCCCCACUCAUGCCCAAGAGGAUGAAGAUGAUGAUGAGGAUGAUGAUGAUGAGGAAGAAGAUACUGUAUUCACAGUAACAGGCAGCCCUACACUGCCCUCUCCACAACCUUGGUGUGAUCAGGGGAGCAGUUCCCAACAGUCUGGUGUGGUCUUGGGCAUGUAUGUGGAUGGUUGAACCAAACCAGAUGAUUUCUGGUUCAAAUCUUGUAGCCAGUGAGGCGUUGUGACAGGGACGACAAUGAUGGUAGUGUGAACUGAAGAAUGUGAGGGUGCUACUUAUUAGCACAAAUUUGUUUGUCAAACAGCCUACUGGAAAGAAAAGAAAGAAUGUAACUGUGUGAUAUAAGGAGUGUGAAUGUUACCACUUUUGAUUAAGUGGCAAGAAAGGACACAACAGUUUGAGUGUUCUAUGUACCUGAUGGCCACACUUCGGCCUCAGAGAGUGUGUGUGCACGUGUGCAUCCAUGUGCAUAGUACACACACUGCCGUACAUGGCCAGUUCUCAACUCUUGCAUUUGGAAACCCUUGUUCAUCUAUAUGUGAGCUGCUGUAUUGACGGUAAGUCUGUCCGCCUUGGCCUCUUUAAUAAUCUAAAGGGAUCCCAAUUUUUCAAGGGCUCAGGAGAAAUUGUGACGCCCUUUGGAAUUGCUGUGACUUUUUGUAUGCUUUUAAUUAUUAUUGUGAUAGAUGUUCUAUAUAUUGAUAGCUUUAGCUGGCCAAGACGGACAGGUGGCCAAGGCAGCUGGACUGUCACGUGUCACAUAAUAACUACGUGAAGUUCUCACUUGCGUUUGCCUUACAUGCCAACACUUUGUGUUUAGUCUUUUGGCGAUGAUUAGCGCCGUUGUCACCACGUUGUGUAUGCCGGACAACUUUAUCAAGGGUUUCCUUGUCAUUUUAGGUGCUAUAGCACAAAUCAUGGAUUUUCCUUUUUUUAAGUGAAUAAUUAUUAAAAAACAAGGUUAUUCAGUUGUGUUGCAUUCAAAAGAACCGUUUUCUACACAACUUUGUAUAUAAACAUGUGUAAGGCAGUUGCACUGUGAAACAUAAAAUACAAGGUGAAGUUUGGCUUCUUAAAAAUCAAACUAAGGUAAUGAUGUCACUACAUAAUGUAGUAGUCCAAUGAUAAAAGACUAAACCUCCAAAUUUCAUUCAUGUAAGGAACACAGGUGGCAUAUGAAUUAAUGCCCCGUGAAAAAUCUUGUAACUACCAUUGUCACAAUUAUCAUGUAUAUUGAUAAUUCACUCAUGUAUGAUUACCAAGAAGAGGCCAAUUUUGUGUACAACCUAGAUGGUGGCCCAACCAGCUCAUGGUCACGCCCAAGAUGACUGCAGGCCUCUCAGGUGUUCACUUCUCAGCCAGCGGCUCUGAAGGGAGUAUGGCACUGUCUGCUUUCUUCUGUGGGGCUGCGGCCUGGGUUAAAAUAGAUGUUUUGGUAGCGGUGAUUUGGGAGCAGCUAGGUCAUCACCUUGAUGGGGUUUGGGUCAACCUGAGGCUCCAGAUAUAUAAGAUUAACUAAUUCUGUGGUAAAGAGGUGACCCAGACCAGUGUGACCCUGUGAAUUGACCUAGUACAUGUCAGCUCCCCGAUCCUUGCGUUCAUGCCACCCCUAGUCAAGUCACGAACAAAAUUGCAACUAAUGUCAGCAGUCUAUCGUUUGUUUUCUUUGCAACAAUUUUAAGCAAAAAGUCACAAAAGCUGUAGUUUCAUUUUACCUUUAUUGAAAAUGUUACUCAUCUUUAGAAAGUAUACCACAGGUUUUCUGAAUUCUCACUGUUUGUUUCAAGUGAUUGUUCCAGUGACCUAAUAAUUUACCUUAUGUGAAUACUGUCUACAUCAUUGUCAAGUAUAGGAUGUAACAAAAAGAUUUUAUGAACAAUAAUGACAACCAAAGACAUA